ACUCUGACUGCUGUUUAUUCACCUCAGGCUAACGCCUCGGAGCGUGUAAAUAGGUCGGUCAUAUCCGCCAUUAGAGCGUAUAUACGCCCGGAUCAGAAGGAUUGGGAUGAAGUUCUGAACAGGAUAUCCUGUGCGCUGAGGUCUUCCAUACACUCCAGCCUUGGAACAAGUCCGUACUACAUGGCUUUUGGACAGCAUAUGGUUACCUCUGGUUCAACCUAUUCUCUGCUCCGACGUUUAAAUCUUUUGAACGAUCGUUCGCUACGAUUUGGCAGGCAGGAUUCUUUCGAAAUAGUUCGCAAACAAGCAUGCGAGCAAAUGUACAGAAAGCACGAGGAAAACAAGAAGCGCUAUGAUCUCCGUACUCGUAAUGUCACGUAUACUGAAGGUCAAGAGGUAUAUCGACGUAACUUUAAGCAAAGCUGCUUUCAAACUGGAUAUAACGCCAAAUUCGGUCCAAUGUUUGUAAAGUCUCGGAUUCGAAGAAAGAUCGGUAACCUCUACUAUGAACUGGAAGACCUUCAAGGAAAAGUUGUAGGUACUUACCACGCUAAAGACAUUCGACAAUAGCUUCAGUCGGAAUCAGUCUAGAGUAUUCUCUCGAUCAUACCCUAGUCUGAUUUUAGCGGGGGGGUUUUGUACUGGCGACUGAAGCCAAAGAAAAAUUCAAAUGUUUUUAUAUUUGGCGCCAAAGAUCGUAAGCGUAGAUUACCGAUUAGGUAAACUAAGAGUUGCCAUCCGAGAUGCAGCUUCUUAUCAGCU